AGAGAUGCAACAGAUAGUUUUUCAACAUAUUCAAUGUUUUUGAGAAUUAGAUAUAAAUCCAACCCAUGCAUGUUGAAUAAUAUCAUAUUUUUUCUUGAACAUAGUCCUAUUUUUCAUACAAUUGUAGGCUUUGUUUGGCAACAUGUUCUAUUCCUUUCUCUUUUGUCUUUUAACGAAUGCUUUGAGAUGAUUUGUUAUCAACUUAUUUUUCUUUCUAGAUGUCAGACAAGUAGGCAAGUUCCAACCUAGAAACAAGUCACAACCAAUAAAGGGAACUGCUAAAUCUGUUUCUUUUAUUCUUCCUGAUGCUUCCAUUACUGGUCCUCCUCCCAUGGGAUCCUUUUCUGAGAUAACGAACCCUUCUUCUGUACAAGCGAAGAUCGAUAUACCUGUGGACAAUCCUUUGCAUUCAUCAAUCAUAACCUCAGACUGCAAUGAAGGUGUUCAAAUAGAUCACCGAGAGGUGGGAGAAGAGAAUAGAGAAGAAAUCAGACUUUCAAAGGGUUUGGAGGAUAUUCAUGCCGAGUCCCAAUCCCAAAUUGUUCAAAAACUUAAGCAGUGGAUAUAUGAAGGAAGGCCUACUUCAGAAAAUGAUGAAGAUGAUGAUGCUCAUAAACCAUGUAGGAAACUGAGAAAGAGGAUAGCCAAGUGCAGUACUGACCAAAUUGAAGUUGGAAGCAAUGAUGAAUGUGAUAUUGACAACUUUAAUGUCUCUCAGAUGGAUAACAGCCAAAGUGAUGAUUGUCAUAGGGAUGAAGAUAUGCCUAGGCCAAAGAGGACCAAGAGAAAGUCAAAGAGGCAGACAAAUGAAAUCGAAAAACCCACUCGGAAGCGUAAGAAAGCCUUUGAAAAACCUGAUUCUGUUGUAGAGAAUUCACCUAAAAAGAAGUUUCCUCAUGCCACAAGGCGAAGGAGAAGGCAAGUGAACAAAGUUUUACUGCAAACACCUGAAGAUGAGAUUGACCCGAGACAGAUUAGCAUAAGAGACCUAAUAAUGCUUGCAGAAGCUAAGGAGCGUAUAGCAAGUAAAGAAGCGGCGGCAACGAGUAAAUUAUUCUCAGGUCAGAGUACUAGUUCUUUGUCCAAUAAUGAGGACAUUCUUUUUGGAGAGGAUCAAGAACUGAAUCGUUCAGGUGAAGAAGCAAAUCAGAAUGUGCAAUCAACUCCCAAGAGAUUGAAUUACCAUUCUUACAUGAACCGAUGGUCAAAAGCAGAAACAAAGUUGUUCUACGAGGCUAUUCACCAAUUUGGAACAGAUUUUGCAAUGAUACAGCAGCUGUUCCCUAAUCGCACACGCCAUCAAGUGAAACUAAAAUUCAAAAUUGAAGAUCGCAAACAUCCUUCGCAAGUCCAUGAUGCUUUACUUCGUCCUUCCAAAGGUAAGAAAUUGAUUUUUUGCUGUUCCCAAAAUUUUAAAUUCUCUUAGUAUGUGACUGACUUU